AGUAAUCUAGAGAAGAGGGUGGAUGCACUGUCCUCUUUUGGUCCUUUCCUCCAUUAUAGCUUAUCUAAUUAUACAACAGCCUUAAGGAAUCCUCAUAAGCUUAUUAUAUAACAACUAUGAUGGAAAUGACACUAGUAGAAACUUUGUGAUGAGUGACCAAAUAAGCAUCGAUGCAAGCUACUAUGCAUUGUACCAAAAUGUCAUACUCAUUCGGGAUUGAUUUAGAAGGGGUGAGGAGGUAUAUGAGAAGACAAAAAAGGAGAAAAGAUUGGGAGAAUGCGUAAAGUUGAAUGUAGUAUGAUGGAGUCUUUUAUAGGCAUACUUUACAAUGUGUAUAUUACAUUUAGCCGAUGUGAGACACUAGUAUGUGCACUGUUACUUCUGUACGUAUUUAACUUGGUCUAAGCCUAGCUAUCUUCCCCCUCAAGGGGUGUGUGUAUAUAUGUCGUAUGUACCACAUUUUGUUUCAACCUACAUAUAUAGUUCAUAGAUUAACAAGGAACUUAGUAUGUAAGCAAGUUAGUCCUCUGACUUUGCUGACUUGGUGAUGGUGUCUCUAUGAUAAACCGACUGUCAUUUCUAUAUGCUUGGUUCUCUUUAAAAAUACUGGAUUAGAUGCAAUACGAAUUGCAGUUUGAUUACUGUACAUAGUUGUCUGAUUAAUCUGCACAAACUUCAAUUCUCGGAAUAGGUAUUUCAUCCAUAUGAGUUCAUCAGGUUAAUCGUACUGGCCCAAUAUUUGCUUUAACUUGCAACCACAUAUUGUAUCAUGCUCUUUCAGGAUGGAUGGGCUAGGGACUAAAUGCGCACAACUUGCAAAGCUAGUGUUUGAUUAGCCUUCAUCACCAUCUUCAAGAUCAAUAGAUUGAAUCAUUUAAUAGGGACUGAUUCGUUUAACUUUUGAGCACCCUCAAUAUCCGACUGAUUACUCAUUUCCAUCACACGAGGAGGUUAGACUAAAUGAAUUUGUGAAUCCAAACAAACCAAUUGCAGAUUACAGAACUGAGAUUACUGGAAUAAACCGCUGGAGAUUUAGAUAAAGUUUCUUGUUCAUUGGCUGAUGUACAGAUGUCCAUGAAGAAGUUAUUAUCACAUGUAACCAUAUUGAUUGGCCACAGUUUACACAAUGACCUUCGAGUCUGUCUUAGGUUUUGAACUUCGAAAGAAGGACUCUCCACAUAAUUGUCUGGAUGAUGUAUGUACUGCAAUGAAAUUUGUUCUUGCCAAGAUUGAACAUGGAGUUGAUUGUAUCAUACCAUUAGUUCGUGAGGUGCAAGAGCCCAAGGUGGCAAAGCUACUUGUCCACAGAAUACCAGUGGCUGUUCAUAGUGAAGAGUUACACAAGGUUAUUCCUGGAGACUUUACCAUAGAAGUUAAGACUCAAUUGAAUGGUGGUCGUCGAUUCUACAAAUGCCCUCGUUUUGACGAUGCCUCUUCAUGUGGUUUGUGGGAAUGGCAAGAUGAAGAGAUGCCACCACAUGUGACGAUGCUAAUCCAUAACUUGAAUACUUUACUGAAGUCAAUGGAAGUUGAAAGAAAUUAUCUGAAGAAGAUGGUGGCUAAUUUGGAAGUUGUAGUUUCUGCUGAAAGACUGAAAAUGGAGAAAAUAAUGGAAGAGGUCGAGGGAAUUAAUUCAGCAAAGUUACAGAAGGUUGCUAGGAUGGAGGCUCAACUACAACAUAUGAAGUUGUUUAUUUUGUUUUCUAGGAUUGUCUUUGUGUUAAUACUAGUUUUUAAGAUGAUGUAGUGUAGUUAUGUUAUGGUGUAGUUAUGUUAUGAUGCAGAAGUUUGAAGUUUAUGUAUUAUGUU